AGUCUGCUCGACGUUACUGCCUCCCUGCAAAAUUCGUAUUGUUUUGGCGGGGUUUGUUUCCGUUUGUGACAUCGUCCCAACGGGCGUUUUUUCAUUUUGUAAACAUUAACUUUCCUAUUGCAACAAAUGGAGCGUGGAAGGCUGAGUCGAGCAUUAGGCGGCAGACUAUCUGAACUGCCGAUGCGAGUGCAAGAUAGCAACAGAAUGAGCAUGGUGUAUACAACACCCAAGAGCAAACAGCCUUCCUUUGGAAAGCUCAACAUACCCAAACCGCAGUCUGUGAACUCUGAGAGGCGGACCAGCUUCUUUGAUUCCCAGCGUACUAGUGGAGCCGGCAUGCGUCGCAACAGCACCAUGUCAGGAUUUGGAGGAAAUGAGAAGAUAAAAGACAACAGACCUCUGCAUGAUAAAGCGUUUGUUCAGCAAUGCAACAGGCAGCUGCAUGAGUUCUUGACUGAGCAGAAUUACCCAGGUCCUUUGUCAGCCAAGACCUUCGUUUCCCCCUCUACCAAGGAGUUUGUGAAGGUGUUUGAGUUUGUUUACUGUCAGUUAGACUCUACGUUUGAGAUGCCAAACUCAAAAGUUGAGGAGGAGGUUCCAGCUCUCCUAAAAUCCCUAAAGUAUCCAUUUGCACUCUCCAAGUCUUCGAUGUAUUCCGUUGGAGCUCCCCACACCUGGCCUCAGGCCCUUGGUGCUCUCACAUGGAUGAUUGAUCAUGUCAAGAUUGUCUGGUGUAUGAGUAAGCAGGAGCAGCUGUUCCGGGACUUUGAGGAAAACACUGAGGAUAUCGAGGAAGGGGCUGAGUAUAACAAGCUUGUCCAGGACUACUUAGCUGAGGCAUACCUGAAGUUCAUGGAGGGCGAGGACACAUUUGACGAAGUGGAUAAUGUUUUCCUCAACAAACUAGACAAGCUCUACAACGUUGACGAAGCCCGGCUGGACUUGAUGGAGGAGAAGUACAGAAUACUCAGCAUUGAGCUCGAGCGACUGGAGAAGGAGAGCCACAUGGACCAUCUGACGACCAAGAGGAUGGAAAAAAUGCAGCUGCAGACAGACCUCAAGAAACUCCAGAGUUAUCGAAGCAGCCUGGAUUCCUUUCAAGCAAACCUGGAGUGCAAAUAUUCAGAGAUGAGCGAUGAGCUGGAGACUAUUGACAGUCACCAGGAGUCUCUCAAACAUGAGCAAAAUGAGCUGCAGCAACGCCUGGAGAAUCAGAAGUUAACUCCAGCUGAUGUGGAGAGGAUCAACAGAGAGAAGAGAGAGCUCCAGCAGACCAUCAACAGCUUCAACAAGUCUCUCAAAGAUGCUGAACAGCACAAGUGGAACGAGGAGAUUGCUCUGGCCAAAGUGAACCAGAAGGUGGAGCUGAAAGUGGCAGAAUACCACAAGCUGGCACGUAAACUGAAGCUGAUGCCACAGUAUGCAGAGAACGCCGGUGCUCACGAUUUUGAGAUCAGGCCGUUUGAAUGGGGCACCAUGGUUCAGCAUAAAGUGCAGAUACAGAAGUUCCUGAUGAAGAUGGUCGGUGAGGUGGAGGAGGAGAACAGUCGCUUUACCAACAUGAAACUCAGUUUGGAAGAAUUUUAUGAACAGGUGGGUUCUAACAUAUUGGAUAAGUCCAAUGACCUGAAGAAUCUGAAAGAGCAGAUCCGCAAGGUGGAUGAGCGGCUGGAUUCUGACAUGCAGGAGUGGGCACAGGAGGAACAGGACUGGGCGGCAGAGAUGGAGUCAGAGGAAAACCAUCGCAAGCUUCUGCAGAAGAAAGUUAAUUAUGGAUACGACGAAGCCGUGCAACAACUGAAGUUAGCACAACAACAGUACCACCUGGUGCUGCAGGAGACCAAUGAGGAGAGGCGAACUGUAGCAAACAACCUGGCGUCUGUGUUUACUACAGCUGCCAACCAUCUGUCAAUCACAGAGAAGUGUUCGGAGGACCUGCACAGCAGAGUGCAGCGUGUCUUCUCGAAGGCUGAGGAGGACGAUGAAGCUGCUUCACAGAAGCUGAGGGAAACUUCAAAGAGCUUCAUUUCCAAGGCAAACAGUUUGUAAAGUGAGGCGGGAACAAAGCCUUCCAGUCUGCAGGGUCAGAUAACUGAAGAGACUGGACAGAUUGUUUGUAGAAAAAAAGAAAAGAGAUUUUCAUUCAUUAGUUCUGAACACGUUUUUAUAAUCGUAAGUUAAGUUAUUCUGUUUUUGUUUUCACCGCAGCUUUUCUGCGGCAUUGUAAAUACUAACUGCUCCAUCAGGACGAAGGGUUGAAGUCCAAAUGAUUGAAUUAACAUGUUCCAGAAUUUCACAUUUUUCUUUUGUUUCAUUCUUUGUCAUCACAUCUGUCUUUUAUUAUUAAACACUCACAUACUAAAUAAAAAAAAUACUUAAAACAA